CGGGGCAAGAUGGCGGUCGGGCCUCGGCUGCUGCCCCGGGUCAGGCAGAGCUCGGGGGUUUUGGGCUGAGGCGGUGGUAAACUACGGCCCCGACCCCGAGCGCGGGGGCCUCGAGCGGAUAAAGGUCUACGGCCUGCGGAAAACACAAGCUCCUCUGAAGUGAGAAGAUGUCCUCAGCUGUGAGCCCUGUGCAAAAUCACUAAUGACUGAUUACCUGACAUUUCUGCGUCACCAGCAGGUCCUCAGGGUUUGUGCAAGUUUGCAAACAUGUUCACUGUUUCUCAGACCUCGAGAGCUUGGUUCAUUGAUAGAGCCCGUCAGGCUCGAGAGGAAAGGCUGGUGCAGAAGGAGCGGGAGAGGGCAGCCGUGGAGAUUCAGGCCCACGUACGGAGUUUUCUCUGUCGGCGUCGACUGCAAAGAGAAAUCAGGAGAGAGAUUGAUGAGUUUUUUAAAGCAGAUGACUCUGGGUCCAGUAAAAGAAGUGCACUUUGUAUUUUUAAGACUGCCAGGAAACUGCUGUUCUUGUUCAGAAUUAAAGAGGAUGAUGAGAGAUUUGAGAAGUUGUGUCGCUGCAUCCUGAGCAGCAUGGAUGUUGAGAAUGAACCCAAGGUAUGGUACGUGUCCCUGGCUCUUUCCAAGGAUCUCACCCUCCUAUGGAUUAAACAGAUCAAAGACGUUAUGUGGUAUUGCUGUGAGUUUCUUGAGCAGCUCAAGCCUGAAAUUUUACAAGACUCCAAACUCAUCACACUGUACCUCACGAUGCUUGUCACCUUUACAGACACUUCAACAUGGAAAAUUCUCCGGGGAAAAGGUGAGAGUCUUCGACCAGCCAUGAACCACAUUUGUGCAAAUAUAAUGGGCCAUCUCAACCAGCAUGGAUUUUAUUCUGUGCUGCAGGUAUUGUUAACCCGUGGCCUGGCGAGACCCCGGCCUUGUCUGUCCAAAGGCACUUUAACAGCAGCCUUUUCCCUAGCAAUGCGCCCUGUGAUUGCUGCACAAUUUUCAGACAAUCUGAUCCGGCCGUUCCUCAUCCACAUUGUGUCUGUGCCCGCUCUCAUGACUCAUCUCAGCACAGUGACCCCCGAGCGCCUCACUAUUUUAGAAUCUCAUGACACGCUCCGUAAAUUCAUCACAUUUUUAAGAGACGAAGAUCGAUGCCGUGAUGUAUGUGAAAGUUUAGAAGGAUGCCAUACACUUUGUCUCAUGGGCAACCUCCUGCACUUGGGCUCCCUCAGCCCCAGGGUGUUAGAGGAGGAGACAGAUGGAUUUGUGAGUUUGCUCACCCAAAUGCUCUGCUACUGUCAGAAGUACGUGUCCCAGAAGAAAUCCAACCUUACCCAUUGGCACCCUGUCCUUGGCUGGUUCUCCCAAUCCGUGGACUAUGGCCUUAACGAGUCCAUGCCCUUGGUCACCAGACAGCUGCAGUUCCUGUGGGGGGUGCCUCUGAUCCGGAUCUUCUUCAGUGACAUCCUGAGCAAGAAGCUGCUGGAGAACCAGGAGCCGGUCCACGUGCCGCCAGCGUCCCCACAGAAUGUGCUUCCUGUGAAGACUCUCCUGAAGCGUGCAUUUCAGAAGUCGGCGUCAGUUCGGAAUAUUCUCAGGCCUGUCGGGGGUAAACGUGUUGAUUCUGCAGAGGUGCAGAAGGUUUGCAACAUCUGCGUCCUCUACCAGACCUCGCUGACGACUCUAACCCAGAUCCGGCUGCAGAUACUCACAGGUCUCACUUACCUUGAUGACCUGCUGCCCAAACUUUGGGCGUUUAUCUGUGAACUGGGGCCCCACGGAGGGUUAAAGCUCUUCUUGGAAUGCCUCAACAAUGACACUGAAGAGUCUAAGCAGCUCUUGGCCAUGCUGAUGCUGUUCUGUGACUGUUCCCGGCACCUCAUCACGAUCCUUGAUGACAUUGAAGUUUAUGAAGAACAGAUUUCAUUCAAACUAGAAGAACUGGUCACCAUCUCCUCUUUUCUGAAUUCCUUUGUGUUUAAGAUGAUCUGGGAUGGAAUCGUAGAGAAUGCCAAGGGUGAGACCUUGGAGCUGUUCCAGUCCGUCCACGGGUGGCUGAUGGUGCUGUACGAGCGGGACUGCCGGCGGCGCUUCGCCCCCGAGGACCACUGGCUGCGCAAGGAUCUCAAACCUAGCGUGCUCUUCCAGGAACUUGACAAGGACAGAAAACGGGCUCAGCUGAUCCUGCAGUACAUCCCGCACGUCAUUCCUCACAAAAACAGAGUUCUCCUGUUCCGAAACAUGGUGACCAAGGAGAAGGAGAGACUGGGGCUUGUGGAAACCAGCUCUGCCUCCCCUCAUGUCACUCACAUUACCAUCCGCCGGUCCCGGAUGUUGGAGGACGGCUACGAGCAACUUCGGCAGCUCUCCCAGCAUGCCAUGAAGGGCGUCAUCCGCGUGAAGUUUGUCAAUGACCUCGGGGUGGACGAGGCAGGGAUUGAUCAAGACGGUGUUUUCAAGGAGUUCUUAGAAGAGAUCAUCAAAAGGGUGUUUGACCCAGCGCUCAACCUGUUCAAGACGACCAGUGGGGACGAGAGACUCUACCCUUCGCCCACGUCCUACAUUCAUGAGAAUUACCUGCAGCUGUUUGAGUUUGUGGGCAAGAUGCUGGGGAAAGCUGUGUAUGAGGGAAUUGUGGUGGACGUGCCCUUUGCAUCCUUCUUCCUGAGCCAGCUGCUCGGGCACCACCACAGUGUCUUCUACAGCUCUGUGGAUGAACUGCCUUCUCUGGAUUCCGAGUUCUAUAAAAACCUCACUUCCAUUAAGCGGUGCGAUGGGGACAUCGCUGACUUGGGCCUGACACUGUCAUAUGAUGAGGAUGUCAUGGGUCAGCUUGUUUGCCAUGAACUGAUUCCUGGAGGGAAGACCAUUCCUGUUACAAAUGAAAAUAAAAUUAGCUACAUCCAUCUGAUGGCCCACUUUCGAAUGCACACUCAAAUCAAGAACCAGACAGCUGCCCUCAUUAGUGGAUUCCGUUCCAUCAUCAAACCUGAGUGGACCCGGAUGUUCUCGACCCCUGAGCUACAGCGACUCAUCUCCGGGGACAAUGCUGAGAUCGAUCUGGAAGAUUUAAAGAAGCACACAGUGUACUACGGUGGUUUCCAUGGAAGUCAUAGGGUCAUUAUCUGGCUCUGGGAUAUCCUGGCCUCUGACUUCACGCCCGACGAGAGAGCCAUGUUUCUGAAGUUUGUGACCAGCUGCUCCAGGCCCCCGCUCCUGGGAUUUGCCUACCUCAAGCCUCCCUUCUCCAUCCGCUGUGUGGAAGUGUCGGAUGAUCAGGACACCGGCGACACCCUGGGCAGUGUCCUGCGUGGCUUCUUUACCAUCCGCAAGCGGGAGCCAGGUGGCCGCCUGCCCACCUCCUCCACCUGCUUCAACCUGCUCAAGCUGCCCAACUACAGCAAGAAGAGCGUCCUGCGGGAGAAGCUGCGCUACGCCAUCAGCAUGAACACGGGCUUCGAGCUCUCCUAGCUCCCAGCCACCCUCAGCCCCAAGAGGCGGCGUUCCCCUGGGAGCACGACUGACGUGCCAGGGGAUGGUGGCCCCCAGACCCUCUCUGUAGCCAUGAGACGUCCCCUGUGGCCUCAAGAACUUUGGAUGCACGUGACAAAGCUACCCAGCACUCUCCAGGGGACACUAACAGGAAGGGGGUGUUGAAAAUAAACCUCCAGAUUCCUCCAGCAUUGGUCCUUCUUUCCUACUUUACAGUGGCCUGAAGCCGAGGCCUGUGAUGGCAGUGGGGCUUCUGUUUUUGUUAAUUUGGUGUUUUCGUGAGUUUCUGUUCCUUAACUUUCUGAGCGAGCCAUGCAUGAACAAGUCCCAGGAACACCAAGGCUCCGGAGUGGUUUUCAGGGCGUGGGCCUGAAUGCAUGAAGCCGACCUAACGUGAGAUGCGUCCCUUUCGUUUCUGAAAACUCUUUACUCAGGUAAGGCCUCGCCAAGCCUCUAUGCACCCUGCAGAGUCUCGGCCUCUGUCCCGUCCGCAGCAGCCUCUCUCCAGAUAGCCAGGCCCACCUGCUCCCGGGCAGCAGAGGUGCCUGCUGGUGAGACCACGGAGCACUGGAAGCUCAGGGCGCUGCUCCCACCUCAGAGCCACGAGUUCCACUCGGCGGCGGUCCUCUGCCCAUUCUCACCUCAGAUGCUCCGGGUCCUCAGCAGCCGGGCUGCCAGGGAGCCCCUUCUGGCUUGCUCCCAUCUUGGGCACUCACGUUGGCAUCCGGGUUUGGGAGAAAAAAACCGUUGUUCCUUAAAAGCAGCUCCGUUUCCAAAAGGCACUAGCUGUUACUCGAAGCCUGCUGAUUCCUGGGGAGGGCGGCUGCCUUUCCCCUGCUUGUUGGCCACACUUGUCGUCUAGUGAGGAACAAACACCAGCUGAAGGUACCUGUCCCAUCUGGGCAGUGGCUUUACUCUGUAGAUUGUAAAAGUCCCAAGAAACUUGGGUCUUGUUUCCCGUCCUUCCUCAGCACUGGGAACCCGGGAGCCCUUUGCACUGACGGAGGCUCAUGAGGCUGAGGAGACUCACGGGCCCUCCGGGUUUUUUGGUUUGGGGUUUUUCACUUUGUUUUCUCUUCCAACCCAUUGCACUCUUCUGCCGUCAUUCUUCACCUUAUCACGAGAACUGUACUCUAGAUCCAGGGAAUUGAGGCAGAAGCCAUGUUAUUGUUCUGUGUGGACAGCCACCCACCUCGCCCACGUCACCACACUCCUGGUGCAUCCCCACCAGCCAGAUUGAAGCCAGACUAGAGGCCAGGAGCUGGCAGAGGACUCGCAGCUCUCUUCCACAUAGCAAAACACCUUCCAGAAAGAACCUUCCAUGUUGGUGGCAAAGCGGGCAGGACCUGUCUCCAUGGCCUCCGGCAGAGGGUUUCAGCCAGGUGCCGGCAUCCUGCCCAGGCUCACGUUUGGCCAUGUUAGAGCCCCAGGCUUCUACAAAACAGAGCACGUGUUUUACCUUGAUGGGGAGACGGCAAAGAAUUUAAAGACAGAUAGGAAUUUAUUACUCUUAUUAUUAUUAAGAUUUGUCAGUAAUCUCCAAUUCUGUGGACUUGCCAUUAUCUUUAAACACUCGAUUCCUUGGAAAGUUCCUUUUAAACGUGCGUGUUGUGCUCUGGGCGGGUGGGUACAUUUAUGCUGGUGCCUAAAGGAUUGUCAACCUGCACUAAGAGGUUUGAUUCUUACUUCCUAGGGGUCUGCCAGUGUGGGAUGCAGAGAGAGUGGGUCCCUAAGCACCAGCACCGACUUUGUUCUGACGAGGAGGGGUAGUUUGUAGUUUCAUUGAACUUCAGCAGCUGGAAGUAUUGCACUAUCUGAAACCCUGAGUCUGUACUUCUCUAGGUGGUGUUCACAGGCACCUCGAUGGCUCUUGAUGGCUCUAAAAAGUUGUGGGGUGGAGCUUGUUUUCAUAGAUAACUUCGGAUUAAAACGACAAAAGCUUUAUUAAAUUUGUACUCAGCA